AUGUUCCCUGCCUCGCCUGCCCCUCACCUGAGCCCCUUGUUUUCAACUGCAGCGGCGCGUGAGCGGCGGGAGGCCAAGCUUGCGGAGGCUCUGGCGGCGCGCGACCCCAAAGACCUGCGCUCGCCCAUCUGCUGCAUCCUGGGUCACGUGGACACGGGCAAGACCAAGAUUUUGGACAACAUCCGGCGCACCAACGUGCAGGACGGCGAGGCCGGCGGCAUCACGCAGCAGAUUGGCGCCACCUACAUCCCCGCAUCCGCUGUGGAGUCGCGCACCGAGGAGCUGCGCAAGGGGCGGCAGUUCGACCUCAAGCUGCCCGGCCUGCUGGUCAUCGACACCCCCGGCCACGAGUCGUUCAGCAACCUGCGGUCUCGCGGCAGCGGCCUGUGCGACAUUGCCAUCCUGGUGGUGGACCUGAUGCACGGCCUGGAGCAGCAGACCAUCGAGUCCAUCAACCUGCUGAAGAUGCGCAAGACGCCCUUCAUCAUCGCCAUGAACAAGGUGGACCGGCUGUACAAGUGGAACAGCGUGGCCAACUCGCCCAUCCAGGACGCCAUGGCGCGGCAGGAGGAGUAUGUGCGCAAGGAGUUCGAGGACAGGCUCAACCAGGUCAUGCUCCAGCUGAACGAGCAGGGGCUGAAUGUGGCGCUGUACUGGAAGAACCGCGACCCUCGCUCCUUCAUCAACAUCGUCCCCACCUCCGCCAUCACUGGAGAGGGCAUCCCCGACCUGCUCCAGCUUGUGGUGAAGCUGACGCAGAGCCUGAUGGUGGACCGCCUCAUGUUUGUGAACAGUUUGGAGAGCACGGUGCUGGAGGUGAAGCAGAUCGAGGGGCUGGGCACCACCAUCGACGUGGUGCUGGUCAACGGCAUGCUGCGGGAGGGCGACACGAUAGUGGUGUGCGGCCUGGGAGGGCCCAUUGUCACCACCAUCCGCGCCCUGCUCACGCCGCAACCGCUGAGGGAGAUCCGCGUCAAGGGGCAGUACGUGCACCACAAGGAGCUGCGGGCCGCCAUGGGCGUCAAGAUUGCGGCGCACAACCUGGAGAGCGCGGUGGCGGGCACUCAGCUGUAUGUGGCGGGCCCCGAUGACGAUGUGGAGGACCUGAAGGAUGCGGUGAUGGAGGACAUGCAGGACAUCUUCUCGUCGGUGGACAAGACGGGCGAGGGCGUGUGCGUGCAGGCAUCCACGCUGGGCUCCCUGGAGGCGCUGCUGGAGUUCCUGCGCUCCGACGACGUCAAGAUCCCCGUUUCCUCCAUCAACAUUGGCCCCAUCAACAAGAAGGACAUCAUGCGGGCCAACGCCAUGAUUGAGCGCGGCCACAAGAAGUUUGGGGUCAUCCUGGCCUUUGAUGUGCCAGUCACCCGCGAGGCCGGCGCCCUGGCCGAGCAGAUGGGGGUGCGCAUCUUCACAGCAGACAUCAUCUACCACCUGUUCGACCAGUUCACAGCCUAUCUGAAGCAGGUGAAGGAGGAGGAGCAGGAGGCGGCCAAGCUGACGGCGGUGUUCCCCUGCGUGCUCAAGAUCCUGCCCACCUGCAUCUUCAACCAGAAGGACCCCAUCAUCCUGGGGGUGGAGGUGGUGGAGGGCAUCGCCAAAGUGGGCACACCCAUCUGCGUGCCCACGCGGGGCGGCGUGGACCUGGGGCGCAUCGCCAGCCUGGAGAAGGACCACAAGGCUGUGGAGUCCACCAAGCCUGAGGAGGCGUCUCGGUCGUAUGAGCGCCACUUUGACCACACCGACGAGCUGGUCAGCAGGAUCACGCGCAAGUCCAUCAACGUGCUGAAGGACAUGUUCAGGGACGAGCUGUCCAAGGAUGACUGGCGCCUGGUCAUCAAGCUGAAGAAGAUCUUUAAGAUCGACUGAGCCUACGACCAGACUGUGCCUGCUUGGGCCCGUCUUGGCAAAGCAGCUCCUUUUUUCUUUCGAUGCACCUGGCUGUAGAUUUGCCCUGCCUGCCUGCAUUCCCGUUCCUCAAUUUUUUCCCCUUCCUGUUUCUGCUCUUGUCUCUGAGCGCUAGCCAUUUAUCAUGCACACAGAAGUAAUCACGAGUUCCUGGAGAACAAAACAACAGCUGAG